AGAAAAUCACUUUAAAACAGUUCAAAAACUGAUCAAUUGUUUUUUUACUUAGAAGUUUUAUAAUUUUAAUAUUUUAAGUGUUUUACUUAUUAUAUACUUAUUAAACAUCUUCUAAGAUCAUAAUAAUGAAACCUUUAAGUAUUUUGAUAUCAAUUGUUUUGGUAAAUGUUUUAGUAGCUGAAUUAGAUAAUUAUGUAAAGGAGGUAAUCAUGACAAAUCAACAAAUGACGCUUGCAAAAGCUAAAUUGCCAAGAGUAAUUAAAAACAUUGUUCUUGCAGAUUAUACGAUGGUGGAAAUUGCUUUAAUGCUGGCAGUACCAGAAACCGAAACAAACUUACUUUCCUUACCGUUAGACAAGAUAAGAUAUCAGCAAACUAUUCAAACACAUAUAUGGUUUUUAACAGGAUUCAAUACACCUGGGAUAAAUGAAGUCAAUUUGAGUAAUACUAAUCUGUCAGUUUUGGGAAACGAAAGAAGGCGCUUAACUAGUGCAGCUACAAAAGGUUUAAUCCGUGAAGAAAUAGGUGGAUUCACCAAUGAUUUCUCAAGGUUUUCCGAUAUGUGUCGUUUAAUUGGAGUGUUCAUUAAUACAAUAUUUCCGAAUAUAUUAAUAGCAUUGGCUGUUAUUGUUGGUGAUAUUUGUUGCAUAACAACUACAAACAACAGAUAUAUGAAAUACAAGUAUAUUAAUGACGAAAUUUGGGAAUUAAACACUGACAAUACUAAAUUUCAGCCACUUGCUUUUCAAGUACUAUAGUUUGGACUAGGAAUUAUAAGGAUAAUUUAAUUUGUAGUUUGAUUAUUAUUAAUUAAUUGUAUAAAAAUAAUUUUUGCAUAUCUCCUAAUACCAAUAAUGUCAUAUAAAAUGAAUGUAUUUAAAAAUAA